AUGAUUGUUUUAGAAGCUGAAGUUCACAAAGAAAAAGCCAAAGCAGCUUCAUCAAAGAAAGAAGCUGAAGUUUCCAAAGAAAAAGCCAAAGCAACUCCUACAAAUGAAGAUGUCGCAGUUAUUAAAGAAAAGGUGAAAUCAGCCCCUGCAAAGAAAGAAGCUGAAGUUCACAAAGAAAAAGCCAAAGCAGCUUCAUCAAAGAAAGAGUCCAAGGAAACUAAGGAACCAGCCAAACCAGAACCUGCAAAAAAAGAAGCUGAAGUUUCCAAAGAAAAAGCCAAACCAACUCCUGCAAAUGAAGAUGUCGCAGUUAUUAAAGAAAAGGUGAAAUCAGCCCCUGCAAAGAAAGAAGCUGAAGUUCACAAAGAAAAAGCCAAAGCAGCUUCAUCAAAGAAAGAGUCCAAGGAAACUAAGGAACCAGCCAAACCAGAACCUGCAAAAAAAGAAGCUGAAGUUUCCAAAGAAAAAGCCAAACCAACUCCUGCAAAUGAAGAUGUCGCAGUUAUUAAAGAAAAGGUGAAAUCAGCCCCUGCAAAGAAAGAAGCUGAAGUUCACAAAGAAAAAGCCAAAGCAGCUUCAUCAAAGAAAGAGUCCAAGGAAACUAAGGAACCAGCCAAACCAGAACCUGCAAAAAAAGAUGCCGAAGCAAAAGAAAAGGGCAAACUAGCUCCAGAAAAGAAAGAUGCUGCAGUUAUUAAAGAAAAGGUCAAAUCAGCCCCUGCAAAGAAAGAUGCUGAUGUUGUUAAAGAAAAGACUAGACCAGUGCCUGCAAAGAAGGUGAAAACUGUAAAAGACAAGGCAAAACCAGCACUAGCCAAGAAAGAGGCUGAAGUUGCCAAAGAAAAGUCCAAACCAGCACCUGCAAAGAAAGUUCCUAAAGAAGAGAAUUUCAAGUCAACACCAGUAAAGAAAGAACUUGUUACACCACUGGGGAAAACACGACCAAACAUUGGAAUCAAAGAACCUGAAGUCAGUCGCAGAAAUCACAGUCACACAAAUGCUUCUCUUACAAAGGAGAGCGUUAAAGUUGUACUUGUGAAGAAAGUUCCUAAAGAAGAGAAUUUCAAGUCAACACCAGUAAAGAAAGAACUUGUUACACCACUGGGGAAAGCACGACCAAACAUUGGAAUCAAAGAACAUGAAGUCAGUCGCAGAAAUCACAGUCACAUAAAUGCUUCUCUUACAAAGGAGAGAGUUAAAGUUGUACUUGUGAAGAAAGAACGUGAGGCUCCCAACCAGAAGGCCAAACCAGUAUCUCAUAAGAAAGCAGAACCUGAAUCUAAGGAAACUAAGGAAACCCCUGCCAGGAAAGAGCCUGAUGCUCCAAAGGAGAAGACCAGACCUGUGAAAAAAGAUACUCCCAAAGAAAAGGCUUCCAAAUCAGUCCCUGUAAUGAAAGCAGAACCUGAAUCUAAGGAAACUAAGGAAACCCCUGCCAGGAAAGAGCCUGAUGCUCCAAAGGAGAAGACCAGACCUGUGAAAAAAGAUACUCCCAAAGAAAAGGCUUCCAAAUCAGUCCCUGUAAUGAAAGCAGAACCUGAAUCUAAGGAAACUAAGGAAACCCCUGCCAGGAAAGAGCCUGAUGCUCCAAAGGAGAAGACCAGACCUGUGAAAAAAGAUACUCCCAAAGAAAAGGCUUCCAAAUCAGUCCCUGUAAUGAAAGCAGAACCUGAAUCUAAGGAAACAAAGGAAACCCCUGCCAGGAAAGAGCCUGAUGCUCCAAAGGAGAAGACCAGACCUGUGAAAAAAGAUACUCCCAAAGAAAAGGCUUCCAAAUCAGUCCCUGUAAUGAAAGAACCUGAAUCUAAGGAAACUAAGGCUACCCCAGCCAGGAAAGAGCCUGAUGCUCCAAAGGAGAAGACCAGACCUGUGAAAAAAGAUACUCCCAAAGAAAAGGCUUCCAAAUCAGUCCCUGUAAUGAAAGCAGAACCUGAAUCUAAGGAAACUAAGGCUACCCCUGCCAGGAAAGAAAAAUCUGUUGCGAAGAAGCCUGCCAAGGAAGAGAAAGCAAAGGCAGAGCCUGUUUUAACAGACCCCUUCGCCACAGAAGAUGAGAUGCCUUACUUCCAGUGCUUUUUUGUGGAUGAAGAUGAGGCCCAGUAUCCCUUCUACCCUUUCUCACCUCUCCAGAUGUGAGAGCCCUGCCCAGUGAAGAGCACAGAGUCUAGAAAGCAAUAGACGAGAUGGGCGACACCUUUAGUGUGGAGUUAAUAAUAAACGAUUAAUAAAACCAAGUCAUGGAAUCCACUACUGCUAUGUUGCAGCCUAGCAUCCUGAGCUGGUCUUCAACAGAAACCUAGGACAGCAAAGCACUUUGAGUGAAUUCGUUGAGCUCUCAUGGAUAGCCAACAUCAUUCCUUUCCAAAUGUGUUCGUGUUAUAUUUUGUUUUUGAUAGCUGGUAUGGCAUGAGUUGAUCUAUAUCAGGACAUCAGUAUUUUGAAUGAAACAAUGCAUACUGUGUUUACAUCAGUUGCUGCAGGUUAUCCUUUUUUAGGGCCAUGCUAAUUUGCUUGAUUCCGCUUUGAUAGUUGUCAGUUUUCUCAAUUGAAUGGCAUAUUUAAACAAAUUGGAAUACAGAUUGUACCGUUGGCUUUCAUACUUUUCAAAUCCUCAAUCCUCAAGCAAUUUAUCUGUCUGUCAUCGCAGUCAGUUGAAUGGGAGCUGCAUAUGGGAGCCGAGCAGUGUUGGUCUAGAAUUUGGGGGAAGAGCUCUGUUGGGCUGGACUACAGACUGCUGCUCUGUUGCUGUGUACUCUGAAUUACGCUUUAUUUACAUGACCAUGGGCUCUAUAUCAUUGCUCUCAUACUAAGACAUCAGUGGGUCGUUCCAUCGCAAAAAGCACAAGAAAGAGGAUUUCGACACCCACCAUCUCAGAUUGUACUGAAAGUGUUUCUGUUAGGGAACAGAUAAGAUUAGCGUUCCUGCAACAAUAUUUUGUUGAAAUAUAAUUUGAUCUCUUAGAAAUUAAGCUAAUUUAUUCCACCCAAAUUGGCCAUUUUAUUCAAUAAAUAUAGACCCUAACCUCCAGGAUAGCUUUUUUUUAAAGAAUUACUCCCCCACGUCAUAUUAAAGGAACAGUUCACCUAAAUUACAAAAUUUGAUUUGGUUUCCUUACCUGUAAGCAGUCUUUGAAAAAAUGUAUUAAACAGUCCAUGUGUUGGUUUUGUUGUCCACUGAUUCAAAUGCAACCUUUUUUGCAUUUGUGACACAACUCCAAUGCAAGUCAAUGGUACCUGUAUUAGCAUUUUCAUGCUUCAUGUCCAAAUCAUUCUGAAGUAUCUCAAGCUGUAAUGUUACAGACAGAUGAUUUAGAUAUGAAGCUUGGAAAUGCUAACAUAGGUACCAUUGACUUGCAUUGGAUUUGUGCCACAAAUGCUAAAAAGUUAGCAUUUCAAACACCGGCCAGAUAAACAAAACCAAAACAUGGGUUGCUGUCAUACCUUGUCCCUAAAUUGCUUACAGGGUAAGCAAACCAAUAUGUAAUUUGGGUGAACAAUCCCUUUAACAAUGAGGGAGGAUUCAGAAAAAAGUAGGAACAGCACCAUCUAGUGGUCAGAACAUUGUAAUAUCAAGAUGUAGGAUGGGACAUUAACCUAACUUAAAUUAUUAAUUUCUCUGAACAGGAAGAAAAAAAACAUAACCAAAUUCACUGAGAAUACAUAACAUAGGAUGAAGAAACAAUACUCUGAGUCACAGCUCCAUACUAUUCGUCAGACAUAGAGAACUAAUAAUGUAUACUCUUUAUUAUGGGGGGAUUGGCAUGGGGUGUGUGGUGUCCGUGGGUGGCUUUUGAUAGUUUCUUUCGAUUCCUCAUGUCUUACUCCUUGUUAGAAAAAAGUUUGGUCCAAAUCGGAUGUUAGGUACUAUAUUUAUUGAAUAUUAUAUGAUUCAUAUAAUAUUCAAUAAUUAUACUACCUAACGUCCGAUUUGGAACAAACUUUUUUCUAAAAAGGAGUGAGACAUGAGGAAUCGAUAAAUUUAAAUGGCCAAUUUGUGUGCAAUCAAUUAGCAUAAUUACUCAGAGAUCAAAUUAUAUUUCAACAAAAUAAUAUUGCAGGAAUAAUAAUCUUAUCUGUUUCUAACUACAGAAAUGAAAUGAUUUCAUACCAUUCUGAGAUGGUGGGUAUCAUGGCCUGCUGAAAUGACAUACAACAACCUCAGUGGAUUUUUACCUUACUUUGUGAGACAUUUUUGUUUUUAAUGUUGCAUUUCUUGCCCUUCUGUAUACUUUCACAAUGGUAACUCACAAUGAGAUAGUACUUCCAUUGUAGCUGAAUAUGUUUCCUCAUUGAUUUUCAGGCUACAUUGCUUUCUUCCAUUUUCUUAUAUUCUUCUUCAUCAGUCUGCGUUUGUUAACUUUGAGGAAGCAUAAAGCUUUUCAUCAAAUUCGUAGGGACCUCAUACUCACAUUAAAAAGAAUGAUGCUGGUGCCUCGAAGUCUGUGAAGUUGUUUUUGUAUUGUAUGUACUAUAUGUCUGGAAAGGAAUAACCAUAACCUAUAUGUCCAUGAGAGCUCCCAGCUCCCAGAUUCCGAUCAACUAGAUAAAACACCCUCUGGCUUUCCCACAGGUGACAAGUGGCAGACUCAGUCAUGGUGUUCUGAAGUCUUAUCAACCAUCUAUACUUCUACAAAAUGCUCCUCAUUUUGAUAAGGGUGCUGAUUCUAAGCAUUCCAUUGUCUGACCUUUCAGAAUGAGGUUGAAGAAUAAUUUUUAAUGGGUAACACUUCAGUUGGAAUGCACUUGUUGCAAUCAAGUGUCUUUGAAAUAUUUCAUUUUGUGUGAUAAUCCAUUUUGAACUAAUUUAAAGUAGGUGUUGUCCAUUUGUAUCAACAUAAGUUAGACAUCAUUUCUUGCACUGGAUUACACCAUCAAGGACCUUAAACUAACUGGAACAUGAGAGGAGAAUACAUAUAUGAAUGAUCAAAAUCAAUGUUUGUAUCCCGUAUCAAUUUAUUGAUAGACCAAAAGGAACAGCUGCAUAGCUCAUGAGUGUCACAGAGUAGUGUCCUUUUGGUAGGGUUUACACAACUGGCAAACUGGUUGAAAUAAGGUGUGGGAAAAAUAAACAUGUCCAGUUUACCAUUAUGUUAUGCGUAUAGUGACUUAUGAAUCAUAUAUAAUCAAGUGAUAUAGUAAUAUGAACAAUAUAUUAUAAUAUUAUUUAUAUAAUUAUGUUAUCAACAAUAGUGGUAAUAAUAAUGCAUGUAUGACAAUUGUAUUUAUUUUUGUGCUAUGUUAUGAACAGAUUUAGAACAUUUCAGAUUGAUUACUUUAUAAUCUCUGAAAGACAAGUUGGGACAGCAGUCAACACAUAAUCCUACUUCUACUUAAGUUAAAUUGUGUCUUGGCUGUUUUUAAUUAAAGUGACAACUUGAAUUUUGACAGUGAAGUACAUGUGUAGCCAAAUAUUGAUACUGUUCCAUCUUUCAGUUUCGGUACCUCUGCACAAAACAUGUGUUUGUUGCAGAAGAAUGUGAUACUUUGGUACAUGAAAUGCCUUUAAAUUCUCAUUUACCCUGUACAAAAUGUUAUUAACACGUAUAUUUUUGUGAAGAGCAAAAGAUAAGACUGAUUGUGAAACAGUGCAUUUAUGCUGAUUCCACUAAUCAUGUUAAUGCUCCUAAUCUUUAUGUUAAAUGUUUUGACUGAACCGACUCCCAAAUGUGAUUUUUACUAGCAAAUACUACCUUAUUUGCUAUUCAAGGGCAUAUGAUUGUAUCUGUUCACUACCAAAGUAGUUAAUUACUACAAUAUUUGCCACAAUACAUUUUGUAGCUAGCAUAGACUGCAAUGGUAGUGUUACUGUAAAAUACAAUUAGUAGAAUAGAUAAUGGUGUCAUCUUGACAGUUAGGUUCUGUACUAUUAUUAGUAGUAACCGCUGUAAGCUUAUAACAUGUGCGGCCAUACAGAGACAGGAUGGUACUCUGAUGACCCACCAACGUUUUGAAGCAUUGUGCAUCAAAUAUUUUAAAGGUU